UUUUUUUUUUUUUGGACAGCCUAUUUUAUGUCAAUAGAUCAAUGAAUAUCUUCGUAUAGAGUUUUCAUUAGAGUUUGUUCUUUUCUUUUGUUUUCUUUGUUGAUUAGGCAGAGAUUGCACUGUUUUGGAGAAAGUUUUCAGAUAUUUCGCUGCUGUUUUAAGUGUCGUAUUUUAUCAUUGCAUACGAGUUAUGGAGUUUCUAUGCAGCUUAUUUCGACUAAAGUUUUACUUAUACAGUAAGUUGAAAUAACUUCAGACUAUGCCAGCAAAGUUUAUUAGCUAUCAAAUAACUUCAAACUAUGUUAGUAAAGUCUAUUAGCUAGCAAAUAACUUCAAACUAUGUUAGUAAACUCUUUUAGCUAGCAAAUAACUUCACACUAUAACAGAUAAGUCUAUAAGAUAUCAAAUAACUUCAAACUAUGUCAGAUAAGUCUAUAAGAUAUCAAAUAACUCCAAACUAAGUUUGAUAAGUCUAUAAGAUAUCAAAUAACUUCAAACUAUGUCAGAUAAGUCUUUAAGAUGGCUAAUAGCUUCAGACUAUGUCAGAUAAGUCUAUAAGUUAUCGAAUCUUUAGCUAAAACAUUUACAAACAACCAAAAAACCAUAUACUAUAAAGUGUACGGGUAUGUUUAUUGACUUCAAAUGUCCUAGGGUAUGAAGUACACUAUUUGUAUAAGACAUUGUCACAGUCAACUAUUGGUUUACUUCUGAUUAUAUAACACGUGUGGGUGUCUGUUUUUAUAGUGACUUUUUUUGUGGAGACAAAAAAUCUUUUGAUUCUCCUGAUUAAACAAACCAACAAUAAUUCAUAUUGUUUAAAUAUUCUGUUUCAGUUCUAGAUCUAUGUCACGGCUCCAGCCCGACUGACUUCAAUCUGGUAAACUUUCCAAGAAACGGUGCGCUCAGAGUUGGUGCUCCCUGGCGGGAACGCUGCGUGACGUCAUGUCUCGUGACGUGUCAGCUCAAGGACGCAGGAUGCCGCAGCGCAAUGUAUGAUCCUGAAAAGAAGAUGUGUAUACCAGGUAGUUGCCAUUAUUGCUGACCCGUACAUUUGUCGUCCAGCGCUGGCUUUCGAUUCAUUAUAGUGAAGUUUUUUUUUUUAAAGUUGAACAGGAAAAUCCAAAACAAAUUGGGACGUUUAUCUUAACUUUUUGCUUUCUUUAACAAUAAAUAUGUAUUAUAAGUUUUAUUUUGGUUUAAAUUUUGGUAAUCUUCUGUUGUUUUAAAGAACGUUUAUAAGAAAAACAACAACAAAAAAAACAACGACUCACUUAAAACUUUAUUGGUCUCGUCUAAGAUCUUAAAAGUACUCAGAGCUAUUUCAGAGAACCUCCAAGCAGCUAUAAAGAAGCAGGGCAAUUCUUGUAAUAUUAUUAAGCAAAUUGUAAUAAAAUAUUUAAAUAAAAAAUGUAUGCCAUUUAAUCCAUUACAUCGAAAAUGCUGAUUUUUUUUUGGGCCAUUUUUAUCAAGGGUCUCAAGUCUCCUACGGUAACAAUGAGGUUACUCCUUCAUUUACGACUUUAUUGUAUGUUCAAGGAGAAUGUAAUCCCAAUGAGGGAUUUUUUCUCUAUCCUCACAAUUCCUUUGUGACCUGCCUGUUCCUAUCAGCUGAGAAGAUUAAUUACGUAGAUGCUAGAGAGAAGUGUCGCUGUGAGUGCAUUUCUAUUUCCAAUCUAAGUCUUAUUUUUCUUACUACGAAGCGAAUUUUUUUAAGAGUGGCCAAUAACUUUUCUUGACAUUUAUUGACAACUACUAAAAUAUUUCUAAUAAAAUACCCAAACAAAUUUCCUUUACACUCCUUUUCUUAUAAAUGUCUUGACAGUAAAAGGGUCGCACCUCUACACCGCAAAAAGUCAGGUCAAGUUGGACUUAUUUAUCCAUCUCGUUCUAAAUGUAUUUCGCGGACCCACCUGGAUAGGACUUACAGACCUCGACCACGAAGGGACGUUUGUAUGGGAAGAUGGAGAAAUGUUGAACAGAUCAAUGAAGGUUUGGGCAAAAAGUACGUGACUUUUGAUUGGUGUGAGCAUUCAGACAUUUUUAAAGUAAAAAAUAACAUAGGUUUUGGACUAUAUAUAUAUAUUAUGUGACCACAUUCUGUCAACGUGGCCGCUCGAGUAGGUAACAAUGUGAACGAAAGCACGCCUUAUAAGAAAAAUAAAUACAGAGCAACGACCACAAAUGAUAUCAAAGAUGUAAACAACGACCUGUUAAACUGAACCCCAUUACUGGGUACUGUCUGGUCAAUGUUCAAAAGUUUAUAUACACAGAGUGCGUGCCUUAACCAUUGAGGAAGCCAAUAAAUUUACGCACCUUUACUAACUAUAUCGCUACAUAACAAACAUAAUGUGGUUCGUUUUAUCUAUUCUGAGACCUACACUUUGGAUUUGAAGACCCUUAUCAACUUUAAUUAACUUGACGAAAUUGCAAAGAUAUAUUUUUUCAUGAAAAAGAUUAUAUUUAUUUUUAGAUUAUUAUAAUUUUUUUUUACAAGGAUUCAAGCAUUUCUCGACACUAACUUUUUGUAUUGUGCUCUAACGCCUCGACAGAUCAGCCAGACAAUUGGGACAUUGAAAACUGUGCCGGUACCAACUACUACGUCAACUAUAGCGCAUUGAACGACCUGCCAUGCUCGGAUCAAUAUUCCUACAUCUGUGAACCUUACAGCUGGCUUUAAUGUUGACAAGAAUAUAAACUUAGGAUGAGAAUCUUUUUUGUUUUGUUUUUACCCCAUUCACUAUCAACGUGUGCCACAAUUUAAGCUUUAGUCUACAUUUCAGCUUCUUGGUUUGUUCAAAUGGGUAUUUAAAAAAAAAGGCCAACCAUUUUUCUUCACCUGCACGGCUUUGAUCAUGAUGAAAUGGAAGCUGUGUUCUGUUUGAUAGAAUUACUGUUUUAAGCUAUUAAAAAAAUUAGAAUUCUAUUUUCCAGGCGUUUUCUUUUAAAGAUAGUUUGAACAAGGUGAUUAUAUAAGAGAAAAUAUGGACACAAAGAGAGUGUAUAAAAGAAAAUAUGGACACAAAGAUAGUACAUAAGAGAAAAUAUGGACAGAAAGAGAGCAUAUAAGAGAAAAUAUGG